GAAAUGCCGUCGUUAUGGAGCCGCCGUCUGCCAGUGAUGCCACCAUCGCCGUCUUGUCCAUCAUCUUCUGUCUCAUCGUCACCGUCGGCGUCAUUGGCAACGGCUUGGUGGUGUUGGUGGUGCUGCUGGACGUCAAGAUGCGACAGUCGGUGACGAACCUGUUUAUCAUGAACCUGGCUAUUGCGGACCUCCUCAUCAUGCUGUUCGGCGUGCCGGAGAUCGUGCAGUUCGUUAUAAACAGGGGCUGGAUACUGGAACCUUUCUUGUGUAAAAUGAACCGAUUUAUUCUGGUUGUGUCCCUUUACACGUCGGUUUUGUCUCUCGUGUGUUUGUGCAUAGAAAGAUUCGUCGCCAUUGUGUUUCCCAUAAAGGCGCACAUCGUGUGCACGAGGAAGAAGAUAAUGAUUGUGAUUGCCUGCAUCUGGCCUCUGUCGAUAGCGUGUGGACUACCAACCCUCAUCUUCAACCAAGUCGUGCCUGUGAUGCCCAACCACCCCGUGUCUCUGUGCCGCAUCAUGUUCUCCAGGGACAGAUCGGAGCACCAGAAGUACUUCAUGGUUUUCAAGUACAUGGAAUCCUUGCUCUUCUACUUCCUGCCCCUGGUGGUUCAGGUGAUCCUCUACGCCAUCAUAGGACGACGUCUGUACGCCAGCACGGAGAAACUCCACGCCCAGUUCCAGAUGCGUCCCGACACCAACUGCCGCAGCGGCCGGGCCACAGACACGAUACGGGCCAGGAAGGGCGUGGUCAAGAUGCUCGUCGCCAGCGUCCUCAUCUACUUCACCAGCUACUCGCCGCACCAGAUCCACUUCCUGUACAACGCCUUCUCCAACUCGCCCCUCCCAGAACACUGGGAGUUCCUCGUGUUCGUCAUGAUCAUCACCCACCUCAACUCGGCCGCCAACCCGAUCCUCUACAGUAUUUUCAGCCAGAACUUUCGUAGGAAUUUCAAGCGUUGCCUUUGUUUCGUCUGCUACCGGCUGGAAAGGCGCCGUUAUAGGAGGACACGGUUUGAUUCGUUCGACUCCAAGGGAGUUUCCCGACGCAGCAGUACUUCCAAAACAACAACGUCAAGAGUGUAA